AUGACAACUUCAUUUUCACCAAAUGUAUCAAUUUACUGCAUUGGUUUUGUAAACAUAAAUCAUUGGGUUCAGGUAAACAUGAGAGAAGGGUUUCCAUUGCCACCAAUGACAGUAGAUUGGAAGAAGUUUCAUUCUCCUGCAGCAACAUCUUGGAUGAUAGGAUUUGUAGGACGUCUACAACAUUGGCAACAACUUACGCCUAUAUUACCAACACAUUAUGAAUUAUAA